CCUUUAUAUAACACACACACAUACACACACUGAAACUCUCUCUUCUUUCUUUGGCUCUUUGUUUCUCUUCUUUAAAAAGAAACUUUCUAACCCCAUAUAAAUUUACUAAUUUAUUUCUCCCCCCUUUCAUUAUCUGAGAUUCUUAACCAUACGCCGCUGAAAACCCUAGAUCCGAUCUUAUCAGUAUUGUUAUUAUUUCUUUUGAAGAAAUUCUGGGGGGCAAAGCUGCGGUAGCAAACCAGAAUUCGCCCCGAUUCCACGUUUUCUGACGCCGUCUCUGCAAUAAAGCACCGUCGUCUUCCGUCAUGGUAGGUACCGUACCGCCGGCGAUACGACCAGAGGCGGCUGCUGGUCCGUCUGUUUCUUCAGUGGCGGCGGGCGCGGAGGGAGCUGGGUCAGCUACGGGAGGAAUGCCGUUAUCCGCUGAGGACGAAGCUUUCAUCAAAAGAAAUACGGAUUGUGUCUACUUUCUUGCUUCUCCUCUGACCUGUAAAAAGGUUCGUGCUUUUUUUUUCCUAAAACUUCUUUUUAAUUGUUAAUUUCUUGCUCUCUUUUCGCUAAUUUUUUAGUAAAUUUUUUUCUAGAUCUUUGGAUUGAGUUAUUUGAUCGAGUGAUUUUCCGUUCUUGACAGUGGAUAUGAUGUGUCUUUGUCAGAAUCAGUAUGAAUAAAGCCGUAUAGAAAACGCUAGAUUGGUAGAGUUAGUUUGAUUGAAGUUCAAAGCUACCUGAAUUAGUUCGAGAGCUGAUUGUCCUGGAAUUAUUCGCAUGUUCAGUUUGAUUUGAUGAGACCUUUCUCUUUAUUUCUUGCUUUUACUAUUUGGCUGCGGCUACUGGUGUGUUUGCUUGGAAUUAACCUGGAGCAUGAAUAAUGUGAUGUGGGUCAAAAGAUUGUUCUUUGGAUUUUCUUUUCCUUUUAAUAUGUAGUGGAACUUAUUUUCUUCUGGCUAUUGUGUUUUGAUUGGACUUUAUUACUGAUGUGUUUGCUACAAUUAUCAGGGGAGUGAGUGCGAGUACAGACACAGCGACUACGCCAGGAUGAACCCAAGAGAUUGCUGGUAUUGGUUAAACGGCAAUUGCUUGAAUCCAAAAUGUUCCUUCCGUCAUCCUCCUCUUGAUGGAUUACUAGGAACCCAGAUGCCCAAUCCCGUGGGUGCGCCUGGACCUGCUAGUCAGCCUGCAAUAGCCCCCACUGCUCCUGCCUCUGGCUCUUUUCCUGCUGGUAAACAAGGAGUGGCUUGCAUAUUUUUUCAGAAAGGGACUUGUUUUAAGGGGGACUGGUGUCCUUUCUCUCAUGGAACAAAUCCGGCAAGUAACAAAGUUCCUCAGACUCAGGCAGCUGUCCCGGCUACAGAACCUUCAAUAUUUAAGAAGACGUUUGGCCUGGAAAAGUGCACUGAAGAGAAGAAGGCUCCUCACAUUAAUAAUCUGAAGCCUGUUGAGUUAACUAAUCAGACAAAUAUGAUCAAUAAAGUUGAACCUGCUUCUGCCAAGCAGGAUUUGAGUAGUAAGAAAACUUUUCAACAUUCUUCUGGCAUUGUUGAUGAGCCUCAUAGGAAUAGACCUACUGACACUAGAUUGCCAAUUGAUGGGAGCCGGGUCAACAUGCCCAAUCGUGUUCAGCAACCGCUGCAAGUUAAUCAUCGUGCAACUACUUUGAAUGGUAAAGAUGCAGAAGAAGUGUCAAGGGAACCUUCACCUGGUUUUGAUGUUCUGGUGGACAAUGAGCCUGGAGAUUCUGAUUAUUAUCAUAAUAAUGAAGAUCAGUUUGUAAGAGCAAGGGAUCGCGACGGAAUGAUUGAGUACUUUGAUGGUCAUUCUGCCGAUUAUAGUGCAAGGGUUGAUGCAGACCACGCUUUGUAUCGUGAUUCACGUGCUUAUGAUUCACACGAGCGACCUCACGGCCGUUAUGCUAGUGAGCAGCACAGAUCUUCCAAACCAAUGUCAGGUGGGUUAGGUCAUCAAGAGAGGAGGCGAUAUGGUAGAGGUGAUAGUCCAGACCAGGGGGAUCAUUCAGAUUUGAGGCAUCGUUUAUCAAAGCAUAGACGAGGAAAUGGUUUAAGAUCAGUUAUUAAUCAUGACUCUGCCCGCGAAAGACCUGAUGAAAGGAGGCACCAGGUCAGUCAAAGGGACCUGGGCCGUGAUCGUGAAAGACAGGAACAUUCUCUCAGCAGCCGGCUUCGCGGAAGGAUAAAAAUCCCCGCAACUGAUGGAACUGAUCAGCGGCUUAGCAGGGAUGUGGAAAGAGGUAGGGAAUACAGUGGUAGAUUAUCUCCUGGCAGAUCUCAGGUGUCCUCUCGGUUGCGUGACAGAAUAAAGGGAUUGGUGCAAGAUGGCACCAAUAAUGAUGGCAGGAUUGAUAGAGGUCCGCUGGUGAGAAGGGACUUUUUGGGUGACAACUAUGGCAACUUUUCUGCUCCCAGAAGUCUGUCAGAGCUUAAAAGUCAGAGAAGUGCUGAUGGAUUUGAUCAGCAAGUGACAGGGAAGAGGAAAUUUAUGAAAUCUGACUAUCAACAGCAAACUGGAGAAGAUCUGUCAUUUGAAGGGCCAAAGCCUUUGGAAGAGAUAUUGAAACGAAAAAGAGGAGCUGGAACAGCAGAGUUUGAAGGGAAUCAGACUUCCAACAGUAUUGGAAGCAACAUUCAAGAGAGAAAUGAGGAGGCUCAUGAUCUUGAUUCAAGAAACAUUGGAUCCGAUGUUGCUCUUCACAAGAAUGAAGAUUACAAAUCCGAGGAUGGGAAAAUUGCCUCAGAAGCAUUACCUGAUGGUAAGUCCUUGUCUCACAACAUCAAUGAAGCGGAAGUGGAAGAUGGAAUGAUUGUGGAGGAUGGUGGAGAGGAUCAAGACCCUGAAGCCUAUGAUCAAGGCGAAGAAGAAUACGAAGAGUACGAACAGGGUGAUGAAGACAAUUACAAUUUAGAUGAAACUGAAAAUUUAGAUGGUGAAGAAGAAGAAUAUCUGGAUGAAGACGAUGACGAGUUUGCGAAGAAGAUGGGCGUGUUGUAUUAGGAAAAACAAUUCUUUAUCCAGUGAAAUUCAUUGAUAAGCAGAGAAAGCUUGCUGCUGGAGGUUGUUUAGAUUGGCUCAUAAAACAUUUUAGACAUUCUAAUAGCUCUGCUCUACCGAUUUUGUGUUUUAGAAGUAGAGUGAAGAAAUCUAAGGUUUUCUUUUUUUUUUUUUACCCUCUUCUUCUUUGCCCCUUUGUACCAUAAGAAACUCAUUAUUGUACUCUUAAGUUGACUAAAGUGGAAAUUUUCUCCUUGGCUGAGUGUAACAUUAGAAAGGUUUAAUAAGAAAAAUCUUUUACUUGUA